GGUAAGUUUUUUUUUUGCUUAACUGUAAAUAUCAUAAAAUGAUUUAAGAGUUUUAGAAAGCAUGAGCUUUCUCAAGCAACUGAAACCUUGACAAGUACAGAGAAACAACAAGGCUGAAGAGGUAAAAUUUUGAAAAAUGAAGAUGCCACAGAUAUGACAAUCGCGGUUGAAGAUUUAUAUAUUCUUCGAUGUGUCACGUAGCUUCUUUUCGCGGCCAUUGGUAUUUAGGCUCACUGUGUUUAUUAAAAAAGUAAUGUAGUCUGUCGCAUAGUACUGUUAUACUAAAUACUUGUAUGGUUACAUUUAACUAGUUGUUUUUAAAAAGAAGAAUCUAAGGUUCGUUAGGGAAGUUUUCUCAUUUCCCUACAUAAUUACGAUUAUUCAACCCCACGUGAAACAAUUCAUAUUCUAAAACCAAAUGUAUAGAUUACCUUUACAAAAGAAAAUAAAUCCAAAUCUCGUUUUCCCACAACUCCAAGUAUUCCAAAGCUACACUACUAUCCAAUCUAAUCCUCAUUACACCCACCACAAGUAUAAAUAAUCUAUAUAGAUUUAUACGUUACAUAUCUAAUUGCAUUCACAUUAACUAUACAAUACAGGCACAAUAAUCAAAUCGACAUGAUCAGCAGCGACGAAGAUGAAGGGUUUCCUAGAGGAUACCUCAUUCUUAGACCAGAAGAGCUCAGGCCAUUAGAACUUCUCCGUCUGUUAUUCUCCAAUGAUAUCGAGAAACCAAGAUUAGUAAAUAGCUCUGAAACCAGAGAACCAAGUUUCCGACGUCGAUGGCAUAUCUUUGUCUCUGUUGUCCUCCUCAAGCUUCUUCAAUUCCUCUCAGAGCCUUUUGCUCUCUUUGGCUCCGCCUUGGAAUUCUCUUUGAAUUUCCUCUCCGAUAACUCCUUCUCCCGUUUCUUCCUCCGAGGAGAAGUGGUAAUGCCGAAAACGACUUCAGAGAAUUACCUAUCAUUCAUUGGACAUUUAGACAGGAGAAUAAGUUUAGACAAGACCAAAAGUCGUGAAGAUGGAGAUUUAUACUAUGCUGCAUUGUCCAUUAUGUCUUCAAAGCUUGCCUAUGAAAACUCGGCUCGUAUUAAAUAUGUCGUCGAAAACCACUGGCAUAUGAAGUACUUAGGCCUCGAUGACUAUUGGAACGAGUAUCAAGAAAAGGAAACAACACAAGCUUUUAUGAUGUCUACUGAUCAAGAUAAAACGGUUGUGGUUGCGUUUAGAGGCACAGAGCCAUUUAACUCCGAAGAUUGGUGUUCAGAUUUCGACAUUACAUGGUACGAGCUCCCAAACAUUGGGAGGAUCCAUGGUGGGUUUAUGAAAGCUCUAGGGCUUCAAAACAAUUGUAGUUGGCCAAAGAAACCUCUCCCAAACCCUAACCGACUGUCCCCUCUAGCUUACUACUCUAUAAGAGAUUCCUUGAAAGCUUUGAUAGCUCAUGACGAACAAACUAAAUUUGUUCUGACUGGUCAUAGCUUAGGAGGAGCUCUCGCGAUUUUGUUCACGGCUGUGCUUGUGAUGCAUGAUGAGACCGAGUUGUUGGAGAGGCUUCAAGGUGUUUAUACUUAUGGACAACCUAGGGUUGGUGAUUCAACGUUUGGUGAAUUUAUGGAGAAGAAAUUAGAAGAAAAUGAUGUAAAGUACUAUAGAUUUGUUUAUAAUAACGACAUUGUUCCGAGAUUGCCGUACGAUGACAAAGAUUUGAUGUUCAAACACUUUGGUACUUGUAUCUACUACGACCGACACUAUCAACCAAAGAUUUUGAGAGACGAAUCGGAUGAGAACUAUUUCUCGUUGUGGGGGAUUAUAAAGAGGAUGCACAAUGCGGUGUUAGAGUUUAUAAGAAGCUUCACGAUUACGAGGGAGAAAGGGUCGGAGUUUAAAGAAGGAUGGUUGUUGAAACUUGCUAGGGCUUUGGGGAUUAUACUCCCCGGGAUAUCGAAUCAUACACCUCAAGAUUAUGUGAAUGUCACAAGAUUAAGCCCUUCUUUUGUUUUUCAAAUUCAUAGAGAUGUGGCCAUAACAUAGAAGGGUUUUGAAUUUCGCGUGUGUGUUGUAAUUUGUAAUAAUUUAUCGAGUUUGUGAUAACCUAUAACUCCGUAGUUGUGUCAUGUGUGAUGUCACUGUAGACUUGGUUGGUCGCAGUUGCAAGUAUAUAUGUGAAUAAACAAAAUUGAGAGGAA